AUGAAAAACAAGACAAGUUUUCUUCCACAAGAAGGAGAGGCUCGUCCUUCCAGAUGUCCAGAUAACAGUGCGUUCAAACAACAGAAGCUACCAGCUUGGAAGCCCCAGCUUACCAUUGCGACUGUGCUCUCCAGCUUCUUUCUCACAGGCGUGUUCUGCCUUUCUGUGGGAGUCUGCCUCAUACUGUCCGCAAAUAGCGUCAGAGAAAUCCAGAUCGAUUAUUCAGAUAAAUGCUCGGAUUGUUCAAAACUCCGUGAAAAUUCCUCUAAUUGGAAUAAGGAAUGCCACUGUUCUCUUAAUUUCACACUAAAGGAAGGUAUAUUGGGUGAUGUUUUUAUGUACUAUGGCCUGCAAAACUUCUAUCAAAACCACCGUCGAUAUAUGAUAUCAAGAAGUGACGCACAAUUGUUGGGUCGAAAUGUAAAU